AUGUGGAAGAGGAGGUAUGUGGAAGAGGAGGUAUGUGGAAGAGGAGGUAUGUGGAAGAGGAGGCAUGUGGAAGCGGAGGUAUGUGGACGAGGAGGUAUGUGGAAGAGGAGACAUGUGGAAGAGGAGGCAUGUGGAAGAGGAGGUAUGUGGAAGAGGAGGUAUGUGGAAGAGGAGGCAUGUGGAAGAGGAGGCAUGUGGAAGAGGAGGUAUGUGGAAGAGGAGGUAUGUGGAAGAGGAGGCAUCUGGAAGAGGAGCAACAGAUGCAAAAACAACAACAGGAACAGCAACAAAAACAGUAAUAGCAAAAACCACCACCAUCCCAACAACAACAACAGCAGCAGCAGCACCAGUAAUAACAGUAACAAUAAAAGCAGCAGUAAAGGAGAAGCAACAAUAAUAUAUACAACAUCAACAACAGCAUCAAUAACAGCAACAAAAGAAAACAGCAGCAAGAGCAACAACAGCAACAGCAGCGACGGCAGCAACAAUAACUGCUACAACUAUCAGAAGAUGUGUAUGUUAUUGAAUGGAUUCUCAUGA